GCAUUCGCGUUGUUCGUCGUUUUUCUUUGGGAGUUUCGAGAGAAAAAAAAAUCCUCGUCUUCUCGUCGUCAAUGGCGCUCGCCGGAACGACCUCUUCCGCCUUUCUCUGCCGGUUGCCCAGUGGUUCACGAUCUCCAUGCCCGUCUCGAUCUUCUAUUAGCUUCGCUUUGUCGAGUCUCGCUGAUUUUGGUCACCGGGGAGCUAUCUCCAUCCGAUGCAGCGCUGUUUCUGAGGCACCAACUUUUGAGAACCUCGCCCCUGCAAUUUCCUUGACCGCAAAGGCAUUGACGCAUCUAAAUAAGAUCAGGUCGGAAAGAAAUGAAGACCUUUGCUUAAGAAUUGGAGUGAAGCAAGGUGGCUGCUCUGGUAUGUCUUACACUAUGGAUUUUGAAGACCGAGCCAAUGCAAAAGCAGAUGACUCAAUCAUUGAAUACAAUGGCUUUCAAAUUGUAUGUGAUCCAAAGAGUCUUCUUUUCCUCUACGGCAUGCAGCUUGAUUUUAGUGAUGCACUUAUCGGGGGAGGCUUCUCAUUCAAGAACCCUAAUGCGACGAAAACCUGUGGUUGCGGAAAAUCUUUCGCCUCGGGAGCAUCAGGGGAAUCGACACCGGAAGCAUCAGCCAUGGACUGCAAUUCAAGCUCCUAAAAUGCUCUCUUAUUGUAAGUAUGUAACUGUGUCAUGCUUGUGGUGUGUGCUUCACCAGUGUGUGGAUAAUCAUACUGCUUAGAAUGAUAGUUUCAUACUUGUAAUAUACUGCAUAAAAAACUCUUAUCACAUGUUCAUAAUUUGUUCUCA